AUGUACAGAUCAGUGUAUGACGACCUCGUUGGCAAAGGAGUCAUCGUUCCAGCUAUGGAGGUGCCCCCUCCCACAGUGCCAAUGGACUACUCCUGGGCCCGGGUGAGUAAUGCCAACCAGUCAGUGCCAUGCUGGCACAUGUCCCCUGUGAGUUAACGGUGAAUCAGGAUCUCUUAUUGGCUCUGGACAAUGCUAUCGGCUUCCAUAUAAGGCAAACUUCACCGAACCGCAUCAGACUGUGUUAAACUGAAACAGAUGGAGAGCAAUAAGAGGGUACGGUGACUCUCUCUCUCUCCCCCUCUCUCUAACCAUCUGUGCUGUAGGAGUUGGGUCUGAUCCGUAAGCCAGCCUCCUUUAUGACCAGUAUCUGUGAUGAGAGGGGCCAGGAGCUUAUCUACGCUGGAAUGCCCAUCACUGAGGUGUUCAAGUCAGAGAUGGGCAUGGGAGGAACCCUGGGACUGCUCUGGUUCCAGAGGAGGUACGCUUCUAUCCCCCAAAACGCUCAAUAAUAAUAAUACAAAUACUGUUCACAUAAAACAUUAAACAUACUCUAUCAUAAUUGAAUUAAAUUACAAUUCUAUGUCUCUGUGUCCUGCCUCCUCCUUGCCCCAAGGCUGCCCAGUUAUGCUUCCAAGUUCAUUGAGAUGUGUCUGAUGGUGACUGCUGACCAUGGUCCUGCCGUGUCUGGUGCCCACAACACCAUCGUCUGUGCCCGCGCUGGCAAAGACCUUAUCUCCUGCCUCACCUCUGGCCUGCUCACCAUCGUAAGACCGUAGUCAAGUCAACCUCUACAUACUUAGACCCACUCAAACCAGCAGAGGAGCCUCUUCUGAAGACAAUGCCUCUGUUUAAAUAAAUAAUUAAUUGAGCUUUUGUAGUCGAAGUGUGUCUCCUAUUUGAGAGUUUCUUUCUGUGUGUGUGAUUUCCAGGGGGACCGGUUCGGAGGGGCCCUGGACGCUGCAGCCAAGCAGUUCAGCAAGGCGUUUGACAGCGGCAUGCUGCCAAUGGAGUUUGUCAAUAAGAUGAAGAAGGAGGGCAACCUGAUCAUGGGCAUCGGACACAGGGUCAAGUCGGUGAGCACUGUCCCUGUGUCUCCUUUUUGGAUGCCAUGUGUCCUUCAUGUUUUUCACUGUGCAAGUACUUUGUGUGUGUGUCUGUGUCUGUGUUUCAGAUCAACAACCCAGACAUGCGGGUGCAGAUCCUAAAGGACUUUGUGAAGAAGACCUUCCCCUCCACCCAGCUGUUGGACUACGCAAUGGAUGUAGAGAAGAUCACCACAGCCAAGGUACUAACUCUGUCAUCCUCUCCUGCAGCCUUUAUCACCCUACUGGGAUCAUCUGUUCUAAACCAUGUCUCUGCUGCGGUUUCAGAAACCCAACCUGAUCUUGAAUGUGGACGGUUUCAUUGGAGUAGCAUUUGUGGACCUGCUCAGGAACUGUGGUGGAUUUACACGGUAGGCUAGCUAGCUAAUGCUAUUAAACUCCAGUCAAUUACAUUCUGUACAUUGCAACUAUACUACUGUGUCUGGGUCAGCCGGCUUUCCCUUUUGUUGUCCUUAGCCUACAUUCAGUGUUGCAUUAACUCACCAUUGCCCCCUGAUGUUUGUCCCCCCCCCCAGGGACGAGGCUGAUGAGUUUGUGGAGAUCGGAGCGCUGAAUGGAAUCUUUGUCCUGGGGCGGAGCAUGGGCUUCAUCGGUAAGUCGGGGGUCAGGGGUCAUGACCCUGAUGAGUUUGACCCCUAGAAAUGGUCAUGGGAAGGGGCUGUGGUGUAAGGAUCAGGGGAUACGGAAUAUGAUAUUGAUAAAAUUGGAACCAUACCUAAAGCUAUAGUUCUACUUCUCCCUCAGGACACUACCUGGAUCAGAAGAGGCUGAAACAGGGUCUGUACCGUCACCCGUGGGACGACAUAUCCUACGUUCUCCCCGAACACAUGUCCAUGUAACCAUGGAAACCAGGCCAUGGACCCCCCCCAUACCCAACCAGUUACCCCACCACCGCACCCUAACCUCCACCCCCACCUGUACUGUGUUCUGUCAGCCCCAAGUGGUGGGAGAGAAAAAAAUGGGGACUGAUAUUAUUAUUGAUGUGGCUUUGCAACAGUAAUAAGGACAACCCUUUUAAAAUUAAUACAGUUUUAGUUUUUUUUUUAUCAGUUAGCUGAUCAAACAUGCUGCAACCCCGUUAAUAAUAGCAAGGCCUGCAAAACUGUGAAGCCGCAUUCAGACAGGGUGUCUAGAGAGACCAAGCAAGCUGCAGAGAAUGAGAAAUGAGCCUCAUUCAUUGAUUGACCCUUAACCCUAUAGUUUGGGGAAUGCAAUUCAUCCAAUUCAACUCUUCCCAAGAUUACCUCUAGGGAUACAGAUGAUUGUCUUCCUGUUUACUGCCAAUACUACUGCUAUUACUACUACUACUAUACUACUCCUAUGACUACAGUGAAGUACGUUGAGACUGUAUCUCCCACUAUCAUCUCUCUCCGUAAACCAAGCAUGUGUCUGUGUAUAACAGACUGUUCCUGUGUGUCGCUGUUCAAUUCUCUUUCUUGAGCGUGUCGGUGCCAUAUUAAAAUCAUAUGCUUUAUUUAUGUAUAGAUGUAUUAACAGCGGACUAAAUAAAUGUAAUAAGAAUGUAAUAGAUAGUAUCAGCAUUUUUGAUGUACUGUAAAUGCCCAUGAAGCGGUUGUGUUUAAACCGUAAGAUAUGCCGCUGACCAAGAACAUUGGGCUGUAAUACAGAGAAAAGCUCUUCCUGUGUCCCAACCAGGACGGUGCCCAGGAUGGCAAAGGGACCAUAGAAUGCAGCAUUAUUUAUCUGAAUGUUACUAGCUAGACCAGAUCCAUUGUGACCGGCUAUUUCUCGAAAGAUGUAUCUGUCUGUACUAUUUGUGUUGUCAUGUCAUCACAAUUUUUUAACUUUGUUUGACCUAAUGUGAUGUGAACUGAACGUGCCUCUGUAGAGAUGGGUUUUAAUAUAUUUUCAGAACGGUGUGACUGAGUAUAUUAAAGAUGACCUAUUGGAACACAA